CAAACGAACAGAAAUGUGUCAGAUGCCCACAUCUAUCAGCUUUCUUCAUCUGUGCUAAAGAAUGUAGGAACCUGUCAAAUAAAGACUUGCUUUGGGUUUGGGAAACUUGAAAUGUGUCAAAAAUGGCUCGAUAUAGUUUUUAAGCACUGUGCUGUGAUAGAUUAUAGAGGAUGAUAGUGGAGGACGUCUGUCUCUUUAAGAGCAAGUCCUUUAGCAGGUUGGCUUGUUGAGUAGGGAGGUGGAUCCGUGUCUUCAGCUACAAACAAGCAUUUCUAUUAACAAAACGUGUCUCACCACCAGGCUGUUCUUUGGGGAGAGCGUAUAUGAGGCUAAAUAGUUUCCUUGAGUAGUUUCCUUUUGACAAAUGCGUAUGCGAGUUCAGUUUCAACACUCAUCCGAACAGCUCAGGUGUGUAACAUCUACAGUGCUUGAGAAUUGCCCUGCAACAUGAAACUUACUGUAAUACUGCUGCUGUGUGGUUGCUGUGUGCUUUUUAAACCGAACUGUGAAGCCCAAGUUUCAUUGCCCUCAAUAGAAACGUCUCCAGCACCUUCAGUCAGUAACUGCUCAUGUGAACUUGGCCAUGGAAAAUGUGCCGAAAACGGUGACUGCAGAUGUGACCCGGGUUGGGGCGGGCCGCGCUGCGAUGACUGUGUGCCAAUGCCCGGAUGUGUGCACGGCACCUGUCAUCAGCCCUGGCAGUGCACCUGUAUGGAAGGCUGGACGGGCCGAUUCUGCGACAAAGAUAUUUACGUGUGUUCCAGUGAGCAGCCGUGUCGGAACGGAGCCACGUGUGUUUUGAAUGACUCUGGGGAAUAUAACUGCUUAUGUCCUGAAGGUUUUCAUGGACGUGAUUGUGAACUGAAAACAGGGCCUUGCCAAAAGACCAAGUCCCCCUGCAAAAACGGUGGACUGUGUGAAGAUCUGGGCGGUUAUGCUCCACAGCUGUCAUGUCGAUGCCUGGUUGGCUUCACUGGUCCCCGCUGUGAGACCAACAUGGACGACUGCCUAAUGCGCCCCUGUGCCAAUGGCGCCACCUGUUUGGAUGGCGUGAACCGUUUUUCUUGCGUGUGCCCUCAAGGUUUCACCGGCCGUUUCUGCACCGUCAACCUGGAUGACUGCGCCAGCCAGCCCUGUCUCAACGGGGGACGGUGCAUAGAUCGAGUCUCAAGCUUCCAGUGCGUCUGCCUACCCGGUUACACCGGAAUGACUUGUGAAGUUCCCAUCUGGGAAUCAAAGGAGUUCUCUUUUAUUACUAGAUCAAGUCGGGUUGGAGCAGGCGGCGUUACACCGGGAAAGUCUCACUCACUUGCAACCACCACCACUAGAGAGACACCCUUUUUUAAAAUUUCAGUGAAGGAAGUGGUGACCCAACAAGGGAUCACCGGGCUUUCUGAGUUACAGCUCAUCAUCUUGCUGGUUUUGGGUGGCAUGACUUUGGCCGUGGUGGCACUAACAGCUGGUCUGGUGCUACGCGGACACUGCCAAGAUCGAACCGCUCGCUGCCAGUGCAGACCACCCCCGGUCCACCAUUACCCAUUCCACCGAUGUCGGACGCAGGAGCGGCGCCCGGUGCCCGCUCAACAGGAAUGCAAGAUCAGUUUCUUACAGUCUCCAGUGCCACCUGACCUUCAGAAGAAAAGGCUGAACACAAACAUCAUUUAGAGGAGAUUGCAAAGUGCAACCACUCAUGUUGAAGUAAAAAAGCCACUUUUGACAUUAAUGAUCAUAAAUGGCCACUCGAAAACUAUAAACAGUACAAAUCAAAGAGUUGGUCGCUGGUGAAAGGACACAACAAGUGGUCAUGAUUCAGAGUGAUUACACAAAAUAAAGAACCAAGCGUUUUUUGGUAAACAGAGAUGCCACAAGCAAGGCGUACUGUAGACUACUGAGGGAACAUUAAAUUAAAUAAUGUCAGCAUAAAAAUUAAAACCUAAUUUACUCUUUAUACUUAAAACAUGUUUCUAGACUAAUUGGGAAUGAUUCGGUACACUGUAAAAAAAACUUUGCUGUCACAACUUAUAAAAUAUAGUUGAGAAAAGUCAACUUAAAUGUAUAAGUUAUAACAACUCACCUGUAGUUAUAACAACUCAUCUCUAGUCAAGAUAAAUAAUAGUAAGUUGAAAUGACUUGUAAAUCCGAGUUGAUUCAACAAAAAAAUUUAUGGCAGCAAAGUAUUUUUUACAGUCUACAUAUUAUAGGGUGCACUGCAAAAAAUUAUUUUCAAGAAAAAAACCAUUUUUUGUCUUGUUUUUAGUAAAAAUAUCAAAAAAUUCUUAAAUUAAGAGCAAAACAACCCAAGAAAAUAAGUCUAGUUUUUAGACCAAAAAUAUCAAAUUUAAGUGAUUUUGUGCAAAAAAAUUUGCCAAUGGGGUAACCAAAAAGUCUUGAAUUUUUUUUCUUAAACACUAAAUUCAAGAAAUUUUUGCUAACCCCAUUGGCAGAUUUUUUUUUUUUAUAAUUUUUUGCAGUGUGACCAUACGUGCCUUUUCCCGUAUGCGUCCGGGACAGGUUUUCAGGUGCAUCUUCUGGAGGUCGCAUUGGUCGACCGCAUACGUCAUUGAAAUGUAUUAUUUCAGGUUGUAUUUUAAAAUAAAAGCAACCGUUACAUUUCAAGGUAAGAAUGAAACUACGAUUGUAUGCUUUAACUGAAAUGUAAGAACCUCGAUGACGUAUGCGGUCGACAAAUAUGACUUCUGGAAGGUGCAUACAAAAUCCUGGCCAGAAAUCAUCCCGGAAAAAUGGUACGUGUGGUCACCCUUACAUAUGACAUGGUACUGACAUCACCUGGUCCUUUUAUUUUUCAGCCCCUCAUAUAUGAAAUCAUCCCCUGAUGGAUAACAUUCUCAAUCAAAUGUCUUGUUUUGACAAUACAGAAGGAAAAUAAGUUGCAAAUGAUUCUGCAUGUUGACUUUAAGGUGCACACAUCCUGGGAACUCAAAGAGUACAAAAUGAAAGCACUGACCCACUCAAAUAUUUAAGCCUGCUAAUGAAAACCCAGCUGUAAAAUUAUGGACGUAGUGUCUGUGACGUCACCCAUAGGGUUGUGAAGAGCUUUUUCGAAGCCAAUAGUUGGCAAAGCCAUGCCGUCGCCAUCUUUUAAUUGUGAGGUUGCGCAUCACUCGGUGGGAAAAAGAGGCGGGACGUGGGUGAAGCUGAGGUGAUUGGUUGCUAAAACCAGUGGCAGUUCACCUGUCACUCAAGUGGCCACGCCCUUAAUUAUGCAGAAAUUUAAGGUUUAAUAUAAUUUUAAUGGAUGACUUAUAAAAAAUUACCCCCUUCACAAUUGUAAUUAAGGCAAAAUUAGGUAUACCGACCAAAAACACUUUUUGCACCAGGUAAACAUUAUUUUCUGCUGUAAAGUUGGGCAUUUUAACACGGAGGUCUAUGGCUUCUGGAGCCAGCCAAUGAAUUGCAUUUCAAGUCACUUCUGUGUUGGCUUCACGAUAGAGUUGGGAAGGUUGCCCCCUGUUUUGUUUUUUACAUAAAAUAAUCAUAGGUAAUCUAAAGAACAUUCUGUGAAAUAUAACCUUGAUAUAUUUAUUUACUGAGUAAGAUCAUUGAAAUCAAAAUUUGAUGCUCCUAAUCUUAAUAUUAGAUUGAGACUUUAAUCUGGAUUUCACAGACAGUGUGACAAAUGUAAACCUUCCAUUAUGUUGAAUCAGGACUUUAUGUACUGUAUGUAUAUAGUUUAAAGGGACAGUUCACCCAAAAAUGAAAAUAUUCUAUCACCAUUUACCUCAUGUUGAUUUUUUUUAUUUUGUUAAGCAAAAAAAGAUAUUUUAAUAAUUGAUGUUAAGCACACAAUUGAUGGUACCCAUUGACUUCCAUAGUAGGAAAAACCUAUACUAUUAUUUAUAUAAAUAUCUUCUUUUGUGUCAAACAGAAUAAAGAAACUCAUACAGGUUUACAACAACAUGAGGGUGAGUAAAUGAUGACAGAUUUUGUAUUUUUGGGUGAAUGAUCUCUUUAAGCCACAUUGUUAAAGAAGCUAUAUAAUUUUAGAUAAUCUCAAGAUGGGCCUUUUUUGCCAAAAGCAUUCAUUACAUGUUAGAAUUGAUCACAGUGUUUAAUUUGUAAAAUACUUUAAUGUGAGUGAGUAUACGCCAAGUUGGUUUUAUUUGCUUUGUUUUAUAAACAUACAUGUUUUUAUGAAAAGGUAUUGUUCCUAUUUACUGUACAUUAUUGUGAUUAUUCUUUUAAACAGUUUAGAUAGCAAUAUCAAUGAUGUCAUGGGAACGUUUUGUGAUAUGUAAUGAUAUAUAAACAACAGUAUUCAUAAGUAUAAAUAUAAUUUAUUUAUGUAAUUUAUUGGUGAAAUGUACAUAUGUUUGUUUUUUAUGUGUAUUUUUUAUACAGAACUGUGUUGUAAAGUUUUUAACUGUGGUGAAAUGUUCAUGUUUAAUGCAAAAGCUAAAUCACAGAGACUUCAGAAUUAACUUCAACCUUGAUGUUGUUAUUAGACCUAAGAGCACAUGCAAAAAGGAUGCUAAGCUAUCCUGUAACUCAAUUUUAAUAAAAAAGUUUUGAAAAUCGCAAGGUAUAUUUUUAAUCACAUUGUAUUAAAGGAAUGACCUCAACAGCACAGACAAAUGAUUGCAAAAUAUUGCAAAUGUGAUUUUUGUGUAGACAUAAUGCUAAGAAUGUAUGACUGUAAAUCAAUAACGUGAAAAUGCCAGUGAAUAUACAAUAUUUCAUUUAAUUUAGCCUCAUACUUAAAUAUGUUUGGACACAGCCACUUGUCACUAUGUAAAUAAAACGUGUAUGUAUUAUACAUGAGCCAGAAGGAUGUAAUCAAGGCCCAUUCAAUAUCAUUUAAUAACCAAGAUUUUUCUAAUGUGAAGCAUUACACAACGUUUGACUCUUUAUCGCCAUCUAUGUGUGACACAGAGAAUGGCAACUUUAUCACUAUACAAGCACUU